CCCUCAAAAACCUACCUUAAUGCCUCCUUUACGCCCGCCCCCCUUUCUCUGUUAUGCUCUCCCUCCGCCUUCACACAUCGGCCUAUCAAAAUCCCUAGAGAUUUUGAGAAAAUUCAGUAAGCAAAAAUGCUCAAGGUUCAUAGAAUCAACCCAGUUGAGUGGAAACCAUCGGCUGUUGUAGCCCUAGCAACAAGCGCCGACGGCUCACAGGUCGCCGCCGCCCGCGCCGACAACUCUCUCGAGAUUUGGCUCGUUUCUCCCGGCACUGCAGGCUGGCACUGCCAGCUAAGAAUACAUGGGGACCCUAAUUUGUCGACAGUGAGUUCGCUGGUGUGGUGUCGGUCGGGGCCGAGAGGUGGAGCGUUGGGCCGAUUGUUGUCUUCCAGCAUUGAUGGUUCGGUCUCAGAGUGGGAUUUGUUUGAUUUGAGACAAAAGGGUGAACAUCUGCAGUGGAAAAUGCUAAUUGGACUUUGUUUUUUCCAUCCUAUUUGCCAUAGACAAUAUUACAUGCUAUUAUCUUGCUGUUGUAACUAGGGACUU